UAGUGAAUCCAUGAAAUGUAAUAAGGUGUAUAAAUUAAGCAGUGAGGUCUGAUAAAAGCAUUUUCCACUUCGAAAUUUGAGCCAAACAUAGAAUCUGGGCUUAGUUGUGAAUAACUUCAGUUCAUGCAGUGAUAAUAAUUUGACAUGAACGCCAAUUUUCAAAUCAUUCAAAGAUGUUUACCUAUCUGUUCUCUGACGAAAAAGGAAAUGAAAAAAAAAAUAACGUUAAAUUUUUUAGAGCUAUUAUUAUAUACCUACACGACCGUUUUAACAAUUUGACAGUAACGGUUGAGCUAUCAUAAGUAAGUAGCUAAUAACGAUUUACAAAGAAUAGGGGCCAUAAAGACCUUGUGUUAACAAAGUAGGAUGAACAAUUUUAAAGUUAUCACCAUUGUUAAACAAUGAGACGUAGUGACUACUGCGCGAGUGUUUUUUGACCGCAACGAAUGAUCGAAUAUGUGUUGAAAAAUUGGAAGAAACGAAAUAAUAAUUCCAAAUAAUUAUCGAUAGUGAUAUAUUUAGAAAUCGAAUAUCAUUUGAUUUGAUGAAGAUCACAACCCUCAUGAGUACAGAGAAGGAUACAGAUUUGUUCUUGGAGAAAAACUAAGAAAAUUAUCCUCCCCAAAUAUGACUAGCGCUUCGCAUAGCACCCUCGUCCGCUGCCCCCAUUGAGAGCCGCCCCACAGCCAGCCCCCCCCAUUCAAGGACAAACUUCGGUCGCCGAGACACAAAACCAACGCCGCCUAUAUCGUAGAAUGGUAGAAGGUGAACCGCAAACAAAGCACAAGCAAGCCUGUGAUGUAAAAGACGAGCGCCUGCUGAACGGCUGCGGAUCCAAAGAUCUCGAGCUAGCGACCCUAGGGGCGACCAAGGACCUACCCGUCAAACUAAAUCCGGAUGCGGACAAGAACAGCGACAAAGCGGACUUCGAAAAAGCCAUAGAACUAACUAGAUAUGGAAAAUUUCAUUUCCUCCUACUAGCAGUAUGCGGCUUCGUGAGCACCUCGGAGGAGAUGGACGUCAUCUCGAUGUCGUUCAUCCUCCCUUCGGCCCAAUGCGACCUCAACCUCAACACGAAGACGAAGGGCUGGCUCAACUCGAUCAUCUUCAUCGGGAUGAUGGCAGGGGCGUACGUGUGGGGGUCGGUCGCGGAUUUCCUGGGACGUAAGAAGGUGCUCAUCGUGAGCUCCUUCAUGAACGCUCUGUGCAUAGUAGCUUCGAGCUUCUGUCAGUCUUAUGAGCUGUUCAUGGUGUUCCGAUUUUUGAAUGGGGCGGCGUUAGGGGGCAGCGGACCAGUGAUAUGGUCGUACUUUGCAGAAUUCCAACCGAAGUCCAAAAGAGGCUCCAUGCUAUCCUUCAUGGCGGCCUUCUGGACUUUGGGUAACCUAUUUGUAGCCGGUUUGGCAUGGCUUAUCAUUCCGUCAGAGAUCGGCUUCAAAAACCAAUAUUUCGUAUACAACUCCUGGAGAAUAUUUCUCCUGAUUUGCUCAUUUCCUUCAUUCAUCGUAGCAGCGCUACUUUGCUUCCUUCCGGAGAGUCCCAAGUUCCUGCUUUCUCAAGGAAGAAGUGAAGAGGCUAUCACCAUAUUUAGAUACAUUUAUCACGUCAAUACUGGAAACGAUGCCGAUGACUAUCCAGUUAAACAUCUCAUCUAUGAACAAGAAGAACUCACCGUUGAGGAGAAGGCCAAGAUAGCUAGUAGAGGAAAAUUCCAGAACAUGAUUGUUGAUAUCCUGGAUAACAGCAAACAACUCUUCAUAUCUCCUAUUUUGAGAUUCACGAUUAUCUCCAUCACUAUCAAUUUCACAUUCCACAUUGGGUACUAUGGUUUGAUGAUGUGGUUCCCAGAACUUUUCAACAGAUUUGAUGAAUACUCGAGGGCCCACAAUGGCAGCGAAGCCUCCGUAUGUGAAGUAACCAACUACGUUGUGAACAUCGGAAGCCAUGUUGCAGGAAGUGUAUGUUCCGACAAAAUUUCAUCUACAGUUUUCAUGGAAUCUUUGAUAACGGUCUCGGCCGCAUUGCCGAGCAACAUUAUCGCCAUUUUGGGAAUGGACAGGCUUGGCAGAAAAUUCUUCUUAGUGUUCAGUACCGUAUCGUCUGGAAUAUGUUCAGCAUGUAUGUAUCUGGUUUAUAACAAGACACACAACCUUAUAGUAUCUGCAGUAUUCAGUAGUGUGAUUUCAUGUGGUAAUGCAGCUUUAGACUCGUUGAUAACAGAGAUCUUCCCAACCAAUCUAAGGGCUACUGGAAUAGCAGUUUCGAUGGUAGCAGCUCGUUUGGGAGGCAUCAUCGGUAACAUAGUGAUAGCCCAACUUUUGGAUUUGUACUGUCCAGCGCCUACAUUCAUAGUGACUGCGCUGUUGAUAGGAGGAGGUUUACUCUGUUUAUUCCUUCCAAAUACGACACUCAAACCAUUGUCUUAACAUCGGUGACACUUUUUGCUAGAUAUUUAAAAACUAUAUUUGAUUUUUUCUUGUUUUGUAUUCCAUUGUUUAUUCAUAGUCAUUUUGACUCCAUAUGUCAUCUUUUAUAUCCUAUGAAUUUUCCCCAAAUUUUCAACUAUGAUUUCUUUUGUUUCUACCUCUGAAUCGUUUUCCUUCGAAAUGCCUACUAAUUGUGUGGAAAAUUAAUCGCCUAUAAAAGAGCAUCUGUAGAUAAAUAAAUGUAUCUUCAUAUCCUAGUAUUAGUAAAUAUGUAAUUACUUAGUCUAGUGUAGUUUGUCGAGAGUUCAUACAUUUUGCCAUUUGUAUUGUAUUAUAUACCAUUAAUAAAAAAUAUGAAUAU